GAUUUGAAAGUAUUCUAGAAGGGCUGUUUGGAGCUGAAUUAUUAAAAGAUCUGAAUUUGUUUAAAGACUUUGAACCUGAAGGUGUCUCUGAUUGGUCUUUUGAUGAAAAUUGUCUUUUCUGCUGUUUGAGAAGAGAAAAAGUGAAGGAACAUUUCGUCAGUCUGGAUGAUCCAGCAUUGGAAGUUGGGCAUCACGCUCUGCUUAAACAAGAGCAAACAAAGAUCACUUGGUUUGAGAGGCAAGCAGAAGAAUUCCUCCAUGAAGUCUUUUAUCGAAAAGAUAGUCCCAGGGUCUCAGACCCCAACAUUCCCUUAGUGGCCCGCGAGAUCAUGCAGCGGAUGAUCCGACAAUUUGCUGCUGAAUAUACCUCAAAAACUAGCUCUACUCAGGACUCCAGUUCGCCCAAUAGCACAAAGAACCAAAGCCUGCUGAAAGCAUCUCCGGUUGCCUCAUCCACUGCAGGUGCAAGAGCUCAAAAUCCCGUGCUCAGCAAACUUCUCAUGGCUGACCAGGACUCACCCUUGGACCUCACUGUCAGAAAGUCACAGUUGGACCCUAGUGAACAAGACGGAGUGCUUGAUCUGUCCACUAAGAAAAGUCCUUGUGCAGGCAACGCCUCCUUGAGCCAUUCACCUGGCUGCUCUGCUACUCCUGGGAAUGGGCGACCUGGGAGACCCAGCCAGCACCAUGCAGAGGGACUUCGGAGUGGUGAUGGGGUACCCCCAAGAAGCUGGCAGGAUGGAACGAGGGAAGGGUCUGGCCACUCCACAUCUCUCAAAGUUCCAUUGGCUCGAUCACUGCAGAUAAGUGAAGAACUGCUGAGCAGAAACCAGCAUGCUACCGCUGCCAGCCAUGGGCCAUCUGGGUUGCAGAAUCACGGACAGCACAUGAUACUAUCCAGGGAGGCUUCUUGGGCAAAACCACACUACGAAUUCAACUUUACCCGAAUGAAAUUCAGGGGAAAUGGUGCACUCCACAACAUCAGUGACCUUCCUUUUCUUACAGAAAACUCUGCUUUUCAAAAAAUGGCACUUCAAACUAAACAGGAUGGGAAAAAGGACAUGAGCCAUUCAACUCCUGUGGAUUUAAAGAUACCACAAGUUCGAGGCAUGGACCUUUCAUGGGAAUCCCGUUCUGGUGACCAGUAUAGCUAUAGCUCUUUGGUGAUGGGUUCACAAACGGAGAGCGCGCUUAGUAAAAAGUUAAGGGCUAUCCUUCCGAAACAAAAUAGGAGGAGCUUGCUGGAUCCUGGACCAGAUUCCUGGGGCUCAGAUGCUGAGCAAUCUACCUCUGGACAGCCAUAUUCCACCUCUGAUCAGGAGGGUGAUCCUGGCUCUAAGCAACCUCGGAAGAAAAGAGGCAGAUACAGACAAUACAACAGUGAGAUAUUGGAGGAAGCAAUUUCUGUGGUGAUGAAUGGGAAAAUGAGCGUUUCCAAAGCUCAGAGUAUUUAUGGGAUUCCCCACAGCACCCUGGAGUAUAAAGUGAAAGAGAGGCUGGGCACUUUGAAAAACCCUCCAAAGAAAAAAAUGAAAUUAAUGCGUUCGGAGGGACAGGAUGUCUCUGUAAAGCUUGAGAUAGAUCCCCAGGGAGAGGCAGCACACAGUGCAAAUGAGUCAAAGGAUGAUUCUUUAAGUAAAGCUUUCUGGAUCUGCAGCUUCACUGAAUUAGACUUAAUGGUUCUUCAGGUAGAGAGACAAUUGAUCAUAGCUGUGCAAAAGAUUGAUAGGACUCCAUUCUGCUUUGCACAACCAAAAGAGGUAAUGGGAUUUAUAUGUAAGAUGACAUUAAGCACUGUUCAUGAAGCUUUGGAACAACCAUAUUUCCUCAAAAGGUCUCUGUUUUUAAAAAGAAAAGAAAAAGAAAAGAAAAAUGAGGAGACAGCACAAGCAGUAGCAAUAGAUUCUCUUGGCCAGCCGAAAUCUCCAUUGGAAAAAAUUAUGGUCAGACUCUGUGAAUACCACCAGAAACACUUCGUCCGUGUCCUGAAUGACAUCUGCACUGAAGUACAAACAGGCUAUGAAGGCCAGCAGUUAUCUGGACCUGAAAACUUGGAUGUGCCUACUUGUAGUUCAGGGUGCAGCCAAUAUCAUAUUGAGAACCAGGAGCAUGGAACUUCUUGCUCUGAGUCAAAACUCCCUCUAUUGCUGGAUGCGGAACAAUCAGAGGCCCGUGGUUCUUUGCGAAUACUAUGCCAUGCGCUGAAACAUGCUGUAGAACUGAAAUCUACAGACAGAAGAGAAAAUUGCAGUUCCGUCAGAAGAGAUUUCCCUGAGCUUCCAACUAUUAGAACAACUUCUAUAAGUCCCAGAGAUAGUCCCACUCAAGGGUACCUCACUGCCUCCAAUACCCAUCACUCUAUUAAAAAUCUGGAAGGGCAGACCUCUGCUAUUGAGCAAGAGACAGGGACUAGAAAAGGUGAAGAUGACAAAGAUCAGGUGCAAAGUAGAGGUUUACUGGGAGGCUAUGUAGCUGUGAAAGCAACAAACGUAAACAUUAAUGAAGAGAAUUUAGAGAAUAGGGUGAGUUCUUUGAAGAACCCUUUCAAAGCUUUCCCAGAGGAAACUCGAGAGACGGCUUUCACCACUAGCUCUCCGCGGAGAGCAGACAAAGAGAAUGCCUUGCAGUGCGGCUCCAAAGCCUUUAUGCACCAGGAUACUGAAAUCAAUGACCAAGAAACAAGAUCAAAGGUAGAGAAUCACUAUCUGGCUUCAGGGAAAAGCAAGGGCGUCUGCCACAUGCAUCCUGGUGACAAGACUCAUGUAGAGAAUGCCAAAGACAUUUGGCUACCUAUUAAUUCCAUGCCAGCAGUACACCACAAAACUACCAAUGGGCACUCCCGGGUCAAGAGUAUUUCAGCUUCUACUAAAAGUACACGUAAAAGCAAGAAGUCUUCAGGACUAAGAAUAAAUGAUUAUGAUAAUCAAUAUGAUGUUGUCUAUAUUAGCCAACCAAUUACAGAGUGUCACUAUGAGAGCAAAAAGACAGUAUCAGCAAGAAAGACAGCAAGGAAGAGCACUCGUGGAUAUUACUACAACGGUGAAUGUUGUGAGCUUCCUACUAUUCGCACCUUGGUCAAGACUCCGCAUUCACAGGAGAAUGGGAACAUCCUGGCUACAAGGCCUGAAGCGCUAACAAGUCCUAUCCAGGGCAUUUCUCUUCCAAGUGAUAGCUACUUGGCUGCAGCUGAACCUGUGGGUAGCAAUGAUGAUCAAAGAUCUUCCACAGUGGCCCCUACUCAAGAAGAUUCCUUCAGUGAAAUAAGAACUGAGCAAUGCUCUUAUGAAAGUAUCUCUUCUGAGGUCAGUGUCCUAAAGCAGAAAGAAGCUAGUCUUGCUGAACAAGCUACCAUGCCUGUUUCUCUAUUUCCCUGCCCUGUUUUUCAUUCAGAUAAAGACAGCUUGUUUGUGUCUUCACUGCAGACCAUGACUGUCUCUUUCCCUCAAGAGGAUAAAGGGGACUUGCAAGACAGUACUGACAUCCUGGAGGCACAUAGCUUUGGCUCCGAUUCGUAUAACUGUAAUAGAUCUAAAGAAAAUAGUGUCAGUAUAGCAAACUCUGUUGUACAUCCUGUCUCAGAAGCUGCUAAUGAUAAAUCAGCUCCUCUGUUCUCGGGAAAUGUAACUAUCCCAGAACCUCCUAUUUUGAUAGAGCCAGAAUCUCAUGUUAGCAUGGAUCUGCUGAUGCCUGAAGUAUCAGCCAAUAGCAUGGACUUGUUGCCUCCACUAGAUGAGCCUGCUUCUGUUAUAGAUGUAUCACCGUCUAUAGAACCCCCACUACUUUCCCCUAUAGACUUGGCAGAACCCUCAGUAAUACCACCCGCUCUUGAUGCUCUGGACCCUUGUAUGACCUUUCCUUCAGAGAUUCCCUAUAUUUCCAACAGUGUAUCACCUGUGCAGCUUGUUGCCAGCCCAAGGAGCAUGUCUCCUGUAAAUCAUCCUACUGGCCGAGUGCCUGAACUUCCUACUCAUAUUGAUCGAGAACCUUCAGAGAUUCUUUCUGAAGAAUCUUCAGUGGUAGCAACUAUCAAAAUGAAUGUGGAGCUCCCCCAGCUGCUUUCCAAUUUAGAAGCAGCAAAGCUGCCUCUCAGUUUGGAUUGUACUAACACACACGAAACCACUAUUGAAAAUUCCCAGAAUUUGAAAGAAAGACUCUCUGUUGAAUGUAAAAAUGUGCUGCCCCUUGUGGCUGGCAGUGAAGAUAAGGGAGAGAAAAAUGUAAAUGAUACAAUAAACAUCAGUGAGACCAUCAAGUCUGAUGAGGAAAUGGAGGUUAAUAGUGAAACUCCAGUAGAUCCCAAAACAUCAGACAAGGACAAGAAAGAGACUUCUUCCAAAACAAACAUAGACAAAAAACGAAGGCGGGAGAAAAAACCCCACAUUGUUUCGGAUCGCUGUCUUCGAAGCCAGCAGUCUCUGGCACCUACAGAAGACAGUUCUGAACAACCCUGCUCUUCCAAUUCUCUUCAGUUUCCUCAGCUACAGAUAAAGCUUUCUAAAAGUCCUGGUGCUAAACGUUUUAAGAGAGAGGUACAUCUUGAUGGGGCAACAUCUGUGUGUUUGCCUAAUGACAGACACCAUCAAACACUGCUAAAUGAUAGUAGCAAAUCUACUGAACAGCAGGCAGAUGAUGAAAAUGACAUCACAAUAAGGCAGACCUAUAAGAAAGUAAUGGCAAAGGAAUCUGUAAUAGAGAGAAGCGAGAAUGGAGAAGAAAACAAAGAUAAGCCAGCAGCAAUGCUUGAAAUUUGCUUAGAAGCCAAUUCUGACAAAAGAAGUGUUCAUGUUCCAACAGAGAUAUCUGAUAAAACCGAAAAGCAAAUAGAUUUAAAGCCAGAAAGUUUAGAGAAUUCUGACGGCCCUAUGAAUAUUAUUGAAGAAUUGUCCAACCAGCAUGAGACAAGUAGCUUCAUAUGUCCUGGUAGCAAGCAUGCACAGCCAGAGAAGGCAAUGAAAUGCAAGAAACCAGCCCUACAGUUCUAUAACUUGAGGCACACCCCUACUACAGGUCAUGUGGUCACUGCCACAAGAAAUACAUCAGAAAAAGCAAUUGUACAAGUGAACUCUGACAUCAUGACCACAUCAGCAGAUCCUGUUGUCACAGAUGAACCAAAUGCAAGAAAUGAAAACUCUAUUGAUUUUAACAGCAUGAAAGUACUUUCUGACAAGCCAAGAUUUGUGGAAUGGUGUGCUGAGGAAGACAACCAAGAACUUAUCACUAACUUUAAUACCCAGUAUAUGAAGAUCCAGAAAGGCUGGAUUCAGCUGGAGAAGGAGGCUCAGCCAGCUCCAAAGGUCAAGAAUAAAUCUGACAAGUUGAAAGAGAUUUGGAAAAGCAAGAAGAGGACUCGAAAAUUUAAAGGAUCCACUGAAGUCCAGAAACUGUCCCCUGUUCAGAUGCUUUUCAUGAAGGGUUUUGAUAUAUCCAAUAUCUGCAAAUGGUUUAUGGAGACAACUGAAACCAAAUCUCUGGUUAUUGUGAAGAAGCUGAACACACGUAUCCCAGGAGACAUGCCUCUCAUGAAGCUUCCACUCCAAAAGGGUUGUUCUUCUGGUGUCUACCCCAGUUCUCUCCAAGCAGAGCGUCUAAAGAAACACUUAAAGAAGUUUGCUGCUAUGACCCCGGCAAAAAAUACUAUAAAGAUCCAAAAGCUGUGGACCAGACUUCGAGAGAAUGGUGACCAGACUGAGUCAGAGCAGAUUGUCGGUCCAAAGCAGACAUCUCUCUCUGAAGGCAGCUUGGCACAAUGUAUUGGACCCAAGAACAUCCAGCCUUCCCCUAGCAUGCCGGUGCAGACAAGCUCACGGAUCCUGAGAAAAUAUUCCAACUUGAGAGGCAAACUUCAUGGAUUCCAUAGAGCGGUCAAACAGGAGAGGCAUGACUGUAUGGCCAAGCAGCUCUUGGCCGAAAGCAGUUCAAGCAACAAGAGCAUGUGCAUUAAACCCUUGAUGUCCCCCAAGUUGGCCCAGCAAGUGAAAGCCAUCCAACUUCCUACUAAAUCUACUCCGAUUGAAAAAGGAGGAAAGGGGAGAAAAGGGAAAGGAAAGUUACAGGAGGACACCUCCGCUAAAGGCAGUCUUCAGCAAAGCAAAAAAAAGACUCCGAAUGAGAAUAUCAGGACACUGGCGGUGAGGCAGUUGAGUCCUUCAAGCAAGGAAAGAAUCUCUCUCAAGAAAGUCAGUAAAGUGAAGCAAGUGGGAGCUCCAGCUACUAGGAAGCAGACAGCGGCAGGAAGAAAUAAUAAGCACACCUCUCAGAAUGAGAAGUCAAAGAAACUUAUUGACUCACGACCUGGGAAAAAAAAGGCUCCCACCCACAUAGGGAAAGCCAGUACCAGUCAAAAGGCCAGCCUGCUUUCCAAGCAGCAAGGGCUUAUGAAGGCUCUAAAGGAGAAAGUGGUGCGAGAUCCCCCCAGUCAGUCUCUUAAAAAGGCAAGUAGUGAGAAAGCGCUCACCAGAUCAGUGAAACGAAUCCAAGAGAACAAAACUCGGAGCAAGAGGAAGCUGAGGGCAAAGAAAGAAUCUUCUCCCAGCAAGCGCAGGCGUCUGGAUGCAAAGUAGCAAAGUCUUGGGUAGGAAGUGUGUCAUAGAAACGCUUCCUCUUUCUUUCAGUAGUUCCACUGCUGAACAGGGAAGGAGGGAGGGGUGCUUGGGUCUGGCUAAAGGCCACCUCCCUCUUGCUUUUUAAGGAGCCUUCGGUUUGUGUUGCAUCCGGAGAGGAACAGCAUUUUUCUAUAUCACGGAGAAAGAAAAGUUGAAAGUUCCUGGAGUUGAACUGGAAGCAUGGCGGUUUCAGUUCAAAGUACAGUGCCUUAUUUAUCAUGUUAGGAAACAAAUAAAUUAAUCUGCUUGAUUUGAAGCUAGCAGUUUAUGGGUUAAUGCACAUGCACUUGUACUGUAAUGGAAAGAGAACCACCUGUCAUGCACAUCCCACAGAGUUGAUGGCAUAUCUGCUAAGGAUCAUACAGAGCGUUUCCUUCCUUUUGUGCAUUGUAGCAUACUGACACUGUUUAAUUUGUGCAGGGCAUUAUGAAGCCAGAACCCAAAGUUGUUUCCUCCUCUAAUUAUAUUCUUUACUAGCAGGUUAUAAUGAUGGAUUUUAUUAUUAAGUUAUUAAUAAUUACCUAUGUGAUGUAACUUUGGGCUUUAGGGUUUGGCUAUAAGCUAGCCAGGUUUUGUGUAAAAAAAAAAUCUUAUGUUUUCAGUGAUAGUCAGCCACGCUUGGCCUACCCAAGACACUGGUCCUGUUGGAUGAAUGGAUAAUGUUACCCUAAAUGGAGAUUGCUUGCCUCGUUUAACAUUGCUGUAAACCUUAAACACCUUAAAGGCUACUUUUUAAAAUGCUGCCUCAAUUUCUGUUGGAGUAGUUCUGAAAUGCAUUUACCCCAAAAUUCCUGGAAUGAUUUUUUUUUUGGGGGGGGGGAUAGUCCUGAAUUCAUAGGCAUAUUGUAAUGCUAAAAUUAAAUCUCAGAGAAAAAUAUCUGUAAAGAAAAAGUAUUGGAAGGUGCUCCUUGUCAGAGAUCUUUCAUUGCUGAAGAUUUUUAACAUUUCUUUACUAUGAAGUUGCUGCAAGUUUCUUUUCUAUAGACUUCUUCAGAUAUCUGAAGGCUUUUUCAAAAGUAAAAAACAUGACAAUGCUGGUUGUGAAUAAAGUAGCAGCUGGAACUUUCUGGUACUUUCACAAAUGUAUGGGUUGCAACUUAACAUGAAGUAAGUUUCUUUCUGCCUCCCCCCAAGAUGUAGGCUCACCGAUUAUUCAUUAAUUUUAUAUGCAAGUUGCCUGGCUUCACCUUCAAAGUUUAAUUUGUGUAUUAUAUAAAGAUAAAGGUGUUAUCUUUCUUUAAAGAAAUCAUUCCUAUAAGAAUACAAUGUACUUAAAAUGCAAUAGUCACUUUUCCAGUUCAGACAUUUGUUUUGGAUCAAAUAAGAAAGAAAGCAAAAUUUUCUCAAAAGAAAACAUCCUGUCUUGUGCUGCUCAUUUGGAGGGGGGGGGUAGUAACAGUGACUCCUUUUGCUCUAAGGCUGGAGAAGAAAGGUAAGGACCAGCUUUUUAUUUUAUUUUUGUAGCUCUCGCUAAGCCACAACAAAGGCCUAGAUAAUUGCUUAGAAACUUGUGCAGACCUCCUCAUGUUUGCCAUGUUUGACUCCUGAGAGCUUCCUGUGAAGGCCUUCAGAUAGUUUGACCUUUCAGAAUAGCUUGCCAUGGAUACCAGAUGAGAUCAACAAACUCAAACAUCUUUAUGCAUUAUUGUAUUAACUAGCCUGAACCAGUUUUUCCAGGCAGUGAGGGGGUUAUUGAAUAUAAGAUAAACUUUGGGGAGAAUGAAGGUGUGAGGAAAUUGAUUUUUUUAAAGGAUAGAGAGUACAUUAGCAUUUCUAUUCUUAUACCAAAGCUCAUUACUGCAGGCAGAAAACUGAUAAUUACCAUACCUAUUGUAAAGUUUCUCAUUGAUCAAGGAAAUUGGAAUUUGGCUUCUGAAAAAGGAAAGCCCUGUUGUUCGCCCGCUUACUCAAGUCUGUGACUUGAGAGGGUGCCCUAAAGCUACAAGACAUAUCAGGGUGGACCCGUUUUUAUAUAAUAUUUUUAAAUCAUUUGAUUUUUAACUUCUCUUUUCAUUUAAAUCACGAUGUAUAAAUUAAUUGUUGUAAGCAUCAGGUUAGGCUUAAUGUUUUCUGUAAAGAUUCAUACGAAUUUGUCUGGUUGCUAUUUUAAUUGUAAAUAUCAAAUGUGCUAGACAUUCCACCAGGAGUAUUAAAAAUAUUUAAGGAAAUGUGUGAGCACAUGCAUGUGUGUGGUGAUGGCAAGGGGUUGCAAAAAUCUUUUUUUCCUCAACUUUACAUGAUUACAUUCAGAUAUGCAUACAACUUCCUGCUCCCUCUGCCCAGGGCUGCUUCCUAACAAACUGCUGGGUAGUUGGGGCUUCUUGUGGUACAUCACUUUAAGCUAAGUGAUUCUGAUUUAGAUCUCUGCUAAUAAAAUCUUUCUACAACUUGUGCUGUCCAAUUUCUUGUGUGGUCUAGAGUCUAAAUGUUCCUUGUGUAAGCAUUAUGUAACAUGCUUCAGCUUCAAAUCCGCCCUGUUUUGCUCUAAUCUGCUGCCCAUACAAAGUUGCAUAACUGAGAAAUCAAUUGGUUGCCAGGCCCAGAGUUGCUGAUAGUUUUAGUUCAGCUUCUUACUAUUUUUUGGAGAAGACCACACCAUCCUACACUUCAGCACUCUUGGCUGCCAGCUGGACAUGCCUUUUCUAUGUAUACAAUCAAAAUAUUAGGAAGCAAGAGAUUAACCAAGUAGUUCAAAACAGUUUAGGUAGUUUUUUUAAAAAAAUAUGCAAUUUGGUAUAGAGAGCUAACAAGUCUUGAGAUAAAAGAAAGCAAAAUAUUAUCUAAUUGGAAGACAGUGCUCUGUGCUUCAGUCCUUGUGACACUCAGUUCAUACCUGGCAGAGAUCUUGAGCCUCUAAUAUUCAAAUACCAUUUUUAAAGAGUUCCUUGAGAUGUCCUUCAAGACACUGCUUUUUUGAUACUCGAGUCUCUUCAUUAAAAUGAACUUUGAAACUUGGCUUGUACUAUAGCUGGGUCAGGCUUUUCUUUUAGAAACUACAGGACUUAAUUAUGUGCCUUGCAUUCUAUUGUGAACAUUUUACCUUUCCCCCCUCUAAUAGAUAUUAGGUAUGUAAGGUGUAGUUUCAUGUUCUGAUUACCAUAGGAAAAAUCCUCCAAACCUGUCCUGUUGUUUGACUUUUAUCAUAUUUGUAUCUUAUCCCUCUUACUGUGGUCUUUUUCUUUGUCUGUCCAUAAUUCUUCCAACUGGCAUGCUUCCAUUCUCUCUUAGUAAUCCUACUCUUAGCCAAACUCUUGAUGCUUUGCGGUUGGGCAUGCUGUUGCAUUUAGUACUUUCUAGCAAUGGCUAUAUGGAACAGCUUAAACUCAUGUGGUUUAUAAAGUGAAGAAUUGCACCUUCACACCUCUGUGUAUAACAGUAACCUCUAUAACAAUUGGAGCACUCACUUUUCUUUGUUAAUGGUUUUUUUCAUCCUGUCAAACACAUAUUCUCAACAUGUAUAUGCUUUUACUUUGAAAUAAUGAUGAUGAUGAUGAACUGGAGAAAAUCAUAAAAUAUAAAAACCUGCAAAAAAAAGUAGCACAAUUCUAGCAAAAGAAAACAUCAAUAGUACUAAUAGUAGUAAGCUCCUUGGGUGCAAUUCCAAAACAUCCAGAGAGCCAUUUGAGGACCAUUGACAUUCAUAAAAUUACCAACAAUCAAUUGCAAAAGAUAGUUGUACAGGUAGUCCUUGACUUAUAACCACAGUGGGCUGGAUCUUUGGCUGUAAGCCAUUGUAGUCAUAAAUUGAGGCACUUGAGCAAUUGAGAAUUGAUUUUACAACCAUUUUUACCAGAUCAUUGAGUCACCAUGGUUGUUACGUGGCUAUUCAGCAAACCACAUAGUCAUAAGUGUGAACUCAUUUUGUCUGAUGAAUAUUUUUUGCCUGAAGAUGGCAAAAGAGUUGCAAAACAUGAUCAUGUGAACAUGGGACAGGGCAACUGGUUAUAAAUGCAAGCCACAUGCAAAGUGCCUGAAAUGUGAUCAUAUGACUGGAAGAGGUGUUGCAUCAGUUGUAACUAUUAGGAUAGAAGUAAGUUUUUUUUUAAUCAGUCAUAACUUCAAACAGUUGUUGAGUGACCACUCGUAAGUUAAAACUACCUAUAUUUGGAACCGCUUACAUCCUGCAACAGUUCCUUUUAAUAAAAUUAAAUUAUUUGCCUAUCUCAGUCUUUGGGAAGAACUGAAUAGGUGAACAAAAGGGUUGUUUCUUGCAUUUAUCCAAGGGGCUGCAGAAUUCUUAUUUUAGGAUAAUCUCAGGAGUUUCACAUUUGCAUUGAGAGUAAACUCUUCUCUUCUUUACAAGCUUGUUUUUUGAGCAGGCUUCCUAAAUAAUUAAAAAUGGAUGCAGUCUGAAUGAUUUUUCUAACAUGUAUGUAAUCAUUUGCAUAAAUAAUUCUUUACAUUGCUAUCAAAAAUUUCUAAGUGUGUGUGUGUGUAUGCAUUACAUUCAAAUGCAAUGUGAAUAUAUACAUAUAUGUAUAUGUAUAUGUGUGUGUAGUACAGACACAUGGACAUGAUGCUGUGUUUGCACAGCAUCUGGCUAAAGAUUAAAAUGCUUUCCUAGGUGCAGGAUAAAUUCUGCCUUUUCUCCCUAGGUAGUUACAAAAUGGAAGAAUAAUAAUGUAAAUACAAAUAGUUUUAAAUAUUUAUUUCCUGUAUUUUGUGCUGACAAGUCUCAGGAGUUCUGUUGGUUUGCAAUAUUAUAGGUGGUGGUAUUUUUUAAAAAAAAUAAUAAUAAAGGCAUGUUUCCUAUAGGCAAAUAGCAUUAAAGGCAAAUAGCAUUAAACAGAAGAACUGUCAUCUGGUCUGGAAUUUAUGCUGCAAAAUCAAAAUCCUAGAUCUUACUGAGAUGUAAGCCUGUGCAUGGGCUAAAUAUUUCACACUCAUCAUUAAAUAUUCUUUUAUGUUGAAAUCAACACCUUUAAUACAGAAAUCUUGAUAUUAAGCAUUAUAAAACCAUUAUAGACUACAUUCUGCAUUAGAACAAGUGCUAUGUUAUAGUAGACAGGAAUUAAAAUUCUUAAAACCUUCAGGCUGAAGUGAGAAUAGCACAGACACAGACUGACCAUCUCUGUAAAAGUUACAUCAAAUGGAUUCAAAGCAUGAUAUAGUAAGGGGUUUUUUUCUCUCUUUUUUUUUUGCUUCUGUGGAAGUGACUUGAAAAUUCAACUGCUGAGCACAGUUCUUUGAAAACUGCUUGGUCACGUGCACUUUUAGGCACAGCACUUGAAAGCAAUAAGAAUUCUAGUAAUAAAGUUUUUUGUGAAAAAGUGGCAUAUGGGCAGCCGUAUGCCUGUGUAUGCAUGUCUCAGUAAAGCCUGCUUCUCUUCAGUGGUCUUGCCACCUAAAGAAAGAAACAUCUUUUGUUUCAGUCUUACUCCAUGUUUGGGCAUCAUCACGGAAUAACUGGCAAUCCAGAAUAAAUGUAUUGAUUGGGGAUAUGGACUCAGGGAUAGUGAAUAAAAGGAGAUUUUACUAGAAGCUGGGGUGGGGGGCGGCAGGGUGGCAGUGGCACAUAUGAGGAAUGUUGGGUGCUUUCUAUCAUUUGCAGCUGAUUCUUGUCAAUUCUUAUUCUCACUCCAAAUCUUCAGCUGCUGCAUUGAGCUAGGCACCAUUUUUCUGGGCUCUCUAGAAGUUCCUUUUAUUUUAUUUCUUGGAUCAUACUUUUAUCUUCUCUAGUUCCUCUCUCUUAACACUCCUUAGGUCACACUAUUGUAUUUAGGAUAUCAUUCUCCUUUAUUUGAUAAUUAUUUUGAUGGGAUUGUGUGGAUAUUCCUAAGUGUGUGAUUUUCAUGUGCUUUGGGCUGUUGAAAAUGCUUGCUCCGUUCUUCUUUCUGGAAAUCUAUUAGUUUCCUGUCUUAAGGCAUAAUCCUACAUGUAGCUCCUUUUUGCUAAUUCUUGCAUCCACUUUCUGCUAUCCAGAAAUUUAACUCCUGCCUGUAUUUGUUGUGAAUGUCUUCACUUCUCUUACAAAGUUGCUACAGGAAGUUUAGCAUAGGGAGCAGGCUUCUAACCUUCUGCAAUCAUUUUAUUUUCCAAUAGCAUACCUGAAAACUUGGGGGGGAAAGUUCAAUGAGCCCUCAAUGUCUUGCAUUCAACAAGCGAACAAAUGCAUUUGGCAAUUUUAUAUUCUAUGCAUUAAUUUAUAUUCCUUUCUCUCACAAAGGUUUUUAUUUCUUUAUCCAAAGCAGUCCUUUCUAUCCCAUCUCAAGAAUCAUGUAUGGGGAUUUCUCCUCCCCAUGUUUGACCAGCCUGAUAUUAUCACCAAACCCUACAUAUGAUAAGUAGCAUUUUUGGAAGGGUUUGAUUGUAUAUCCUUCUCUUCAGGGCACUGGAAAAUGCUGUGAUGUUAGGAGAAGAAUGUGUCUGUUGUGUAUUGUUGGUUAAAAUGUGUCAUUAGAUAAUGGUUAUAUACCUCAUCUGAAGAACAUUUUAAAUGUAUAUAAAAGGUAAUACUCUCAGUUGCUUUCCAGUAAUUCAUAAACCUAUAACAGCUAGGGCUAUUUUACCGUUGAAAUUGUAUCAGUUGUGACAGCUUCAUACUUGUGUGUGUCUGUUAUUUCCUUGACUAACCAAUGGAAAGUGAUUUAAUUCUUUUAUCUUUUUUCUGUGCUGCUUUCUUUCUUUUAUGCAUUGUGACGGACUCUAUGUACUCCGUGGGUUCUUAUUUUAUUGCAGCUUAUUAAAAUUUUUAAAAUAUCA